AUGGGCGGCGACUCGUUUCCCCGUCGCCCGCCGUCCGGCAUCAAGGUGAUCGUCGUCGGCGCCGGCUUCGCCGGGCUGGCGGCGGCGAUCGAGUGCGACCGCAAGGGGCACUCGGUGACGCUCCUGGAGAAGGCGGAGAACAUGGACGACAUGAUGCGGAUCGGCGACAUCAUCAGCUUCGACCCGAACGGGUCUAAGGCGUUUGAGCGGUGGCCCGGGGUGGUCGAGGCCAUGGAGGCGGUGGCCCGGCAGACGACCUGGCUGGACCUGUACCACCACCAGGGCCGCUUCGUCACCCGGCAGUCCUUCGCGGGCGAGCGGGCCUGGGGGCGGCGCAUCAACGGCCACCGCGGCGAGCUGCACAACAUCAUCUACCGCCACGCCGUCGCCCGGGGCAUCGACAUCCGCCUGGGCUGCCGCGUCGAGGACUACUUCGAGACGGACGACCCCCCGCAGGCGGGCGUGGUGCUGGCGGGCAGCGGCGGCGGCGAGCGCCUGUCGGCCGACGUCGUCGUCGCGGCCGAGGGGGUGCGCUCGCGGGGCCGCAAGAUCGUCCUGGGCUCGGACGAGAACCCGAAAUCGUCCGGCUACGCCGUCUACCGGGCCUGGUUCCCGGCCGACCGCAUCCGCGACAACCCCAACUGGGUCUUCACCCACGUCGACGACGGCAACAUCGACGAGAGCUGGCAGUUCCCCGGCCGGCCCGAGGAGGCGCUCCGCUACCUCGACGGCUGGAGCCCCGUCGUGCGCGAGCUGGUCAAGGCGACGCCGGAUGACGGGCGCCUGAUCGACCACAAGCUCGUGUACCGCGACCCGCUGCCGACCUUCGUCUCCCCGCGCGCGCGCACCUGCCUGAUCGGCGACGCCGCCCACCCUUUCCUGCCCACCUCGAUCCAGGGGGCCAGCCAGUCGAUCGAGGACGGCGUCGUGCUGGCCGCCUGCCUCGAGCUGGCCGGCGCCCGCGGCGACGACAUCAUCCCCACCGCCCUGCGCGCCUACGAGAGGCUGCGGUACGAGCGCGUCCACCGCGCCCAGGCCACGGGGCCCAAGACGCGCGAGCGCUGGCACAAGGCCGACUGGUCCCGCGUCUGGGAGAACCCGGACCUCAUCCACCUCGUCCGCGAGGAGUGGCUGCUCAACUUUGACGCCGAAAAGGACGCCUACCAGAGGUAUCCCCGGGUCGUCGCCGAGUUGGGGGUGGGGCCGCCGCUACGGCCGCGCCUCUGAUCCAUCCCUCCCCCUCCCCUUCGGCAGCCGCGUCGGGGUUGGUGUUGGUGUUGGUGUUGGUGUUGGUGUUGGUGUUGGUGUUGGUGAUGGUGUUGGGAGAGUCGGUGUUAGGUGGGGAGCGUGGUCGGUUGGAUCAAAGGUAAAUUUAAGGCGAGGAAGGUAGGUAACCAGGCGAGGCGGUUUGGUUACUCUUUCGCUGUCGUAGUAGCUGUUGUAGUAGUAGGAGGACGAGGAGAAGCGGCAGCAGCAGCAGCUAUUAAUUAGUUCCCCUUUUUUUGUCAUGUCACAUCACGUCAUCCUGUCUCAUCGGCCCUCCUCCCCCUUGUUCCCCCCAAUUACGAGUCGUCAGACCUUCAUGAUGCUCGUCGCCCGCAAGUAGUCCACC